AUGCCCCAGUCGACCGCAUCGUCUACGCCAAAUGCGUUCGUGACCCAAGCUUUGAAAUAUGAGCGUAAGAUAUCCACGGCUACAUCGCAGUCGCAGGCGUUGGAAGCCGCCAUCGACGCUGCGGAGAACUACAUGAAAGCUCUCAAACUCGCCAGCUCCCCGAAAGAGAAGCAGGCGCUGGAUGCCAAAUGCAAGGAAUUGUUGACCAAGGCGGAGCAGAUCAAGGAUGCCAAAGUCUGGAAACCUACCCGCUUGGAUAGCAAGAAUGUCAUGCCGCCGCUUAAAGAACCGAAAUCUACCAGAAAGCUCACCACCCGCGAGGAGAUCAUCCUACUCGAAGGGGCAAAAUUGAACGGUUUCUUGUUUCCGCCGUGGACGGCAGCUCCCAAUCCCAAGGAAUUCGAGCUGGGGCAUGGGGAGACGAAAUUCGUAGAUAAACCUGAUCUUGCUCUUUCGAGUUCUCAGCAGAAUAUUUUUGCUGGCUGGAAGCGCCCUGACGAACUGCUCGCCAGCAUCUCCCCUAAUAAUGAAUCAAGCACUGCUACUCCGACAAUGGUCGGGUCUGGGGUCGUGGACCUGGUGCAGGACAUCACAACAGAUUGCUCUGUCGUGGCGAGUCUCUGUGCUGCUGCUUCGAGGAUGGAACGUGGGCAUCAUCAGUCGACCAUCUAUCCUUACGAUGACGAUAACAACGUUCCCAAGUUGUCAGCAACUGGCAAAUACAUAUUUCGUUUCCAUUUUAAUGGGUGUUAUCGCAAGGUAGUGAUCGAUGAUCGCUUGCCAGCGUCUAAAACAUCUCGUUCAAUACACGUGGUCGAUCGGAAUAACCCUAACCUUCUGUGGCCUGCUCUGGUGGAAAAGGCAUAUCUCAAGGUUCGGGGCGGAUAUGACUUUCCUGGGAGCAAUUCUGGCACGGAUCUCUGGGUUCUGAGCGGAUGGAUCCCUGAGCAAGUGUUCCUUCACCAUGAAGACGUGACCUCGGACGAGCUGUGGAAACGGCUGUUCAAAGCCUUUCAAUAUGGCGAUGUGCUGUUGACUGUUGGCACGGGGAAGUUGACCGAACGAGAAGAACGCCUUUUAGGUCUCAUUGGUCAGCAUGACUACGCCGUGCUGGACAUGACCGAAUCAAACGGGCGUCGUCGUAUGCUCAUUAAGAACCCAUGGGCUGAGACGAAUAUCCAUGCGCAGGAGAGUGCGGGUAUGAUUACCGACUUGCAACAUGAAACUUCUUCGCCGCGUAAUCAGCUCACGACUGGUUCCUUUUGGAUGGAUUGCGACAAAGUCUUUCAGAACUUUGAGAACCUCUACCUUAACUGGAACCCUGGGCUCUUCCGUUUCCGUGAAGACAUCCAUUUCUCUUGGGAUUUAUCAAAGCCUCGGGGGAACCCUGGCUGCUUUGCGGGGAAUCCGCAAUUCGCAGUGUCUUCAGAGGCUGGUGGGCCUGUUUGGCUGCUGCUCAGCAAGCAUUUUAGGACGCUUGGAGAAAGCAAGUCUCAGGACCCCAUGAACAAUGAACCAGGAUUUAUCAGCAUAUAUGUCUACAAGAAAGAUGGCCAGCGAGUUUAUCUCAGUGACGGCGCGCUUCACCGGGGCCCGUUUGUAGACUCGCCUAACACUCUCGCGAAACUUGAAAUGCCUCCACGUACCACGUACACGGUGGUUAUUGCCGAACAGUCGGUCCCCUCCUUGAACCAAAACUUUACUCUAUCCGCGUUCUCUAGAGAUCCGGUGACACUAAGUCGUGCUCACGACAAGUUCGCCCAUGUGGCUCAAAUACAUGGCGGCUGGACUCCUGCAACGGCCGGAGGCAACGUCGAAUCACCGAGAUAUCCGUCCAACCCGCAGUUCAGUCUGCAGCUAUCUGAAGCGGCGGAUGUGUCGAUUUUACUAGAAACGUCGGAACCUGAUUUAGCCGUCCAUAUCAAGCUGUUCUGGUCCGACGGCAAGAGAAUCUCAACCGUCCGAAAGCGUGAUCUCAUCGCUUGUAGUGGGGACUAUCGACGAGGUUGCGCUGUCGCAGAGGCAAACAACUUGGGAAAAGGAUCAUACACUAUCGUUUGCUCGACCUUUGCGCCGGACCAGGUGGGGAAAUUCACUCUCUUGGUUUCGUCCACAAGUCCGUGUAACGUGAAAGCGCUGGCCUCAGAAGCAGCCGGUAGACAUACAGUGAUUUCAGGCAUUGGCGUCUUCGCACCAGGAACUGACCGAAUUCUGGCUCCCCUCAGAGUCCCACGACUGACGCGGGUGAAGCUUAUCGCGAGGUGCAGGGAUUCACGUAUUGGGAACCGCUCUGUUGCCGCGUCACCAAUGCUCAUGACGGUCGAGCUUGGUCAGGGCCCAUACAAGAAAGUGCUGGCCUCGUCAGAAGGUGGAGACUACAGCGAUGCCGUGUCUGGAAUCCGCGUCGACGAUUUUGAUAUUCGGCCAGAGGAUGAACAGCGAGGCGGCAUUUGGAUUGUCAUUGAACGGAUUGGCGGGCCUGGCGGACAGGUGGAAGAACAUGUCGAAGUAGAAGCCCUAGGUGAGGAACGUGUGGAGAUUGGGGAAUGGACGACCUAG